CUUAGUGUUUUCUUUCUGUUUUGUGAGUGAUAAUGGCUCAGAUUAGGGCUUCUGGUUUGGUCAUUUUGGCCAUGGUUCUGCUCUCUGCCUUUGCAGCUCAUGCUCAAGUAUUAGACCUGUGUGCUCGAGUUAAUGUAGCCCUUGACCUUUGUCAGGUCGGCGUUCUUGGCGCCCUCCUUCCGAACCUAAUCCCCGGCUGCUGCACGAAUCUUCAGGCCCUGGCCGCACUCUCCGUCGGCCCUCAGAGGAAGGAAUGCUGCCAGUGCUUCCAUAGCUACUUGCUCAACCUCGACGUCCUCGUCGACGUCAACCUCUUCAACCAAUGCGGCUGCAACUUUGGGUUCCCCCUUGACCGCAACUUCGACUGCAACUCGCUUUGAUCUUAAUGUGGAAGGCCGUUUGCUGAGUUCCUAGCUUGGAUUACAAGAAUCAUUGUAUAUUUAGGAAUUUAGGAGCGGUUUUUCUAUACGGCUUCAGUCAAAGUUAUCUUUUCCUCGU